AUGGCGUUCAGAUGGGACGUGGAGCACUCUUUCUUUUACGUGCCGACGAUCGCAACAUUCUCGAGGUUCUUUCAAGUCUACACGUCAGCGUUUGUGCUGGGACACCUUCUUACGGUCAUUGACGUCGGCGGCGACUGGAACGAUCGCCGGCUCGACACGUGCUGGGCUCCGUGGGGUGCUGCAGUGAUUACGAGCACCUUGCGUUUCCUGAAAGCGCACCCGGCGUCCGACUUGCCGGGGCUUCUGGCGUCCAUGGAUCGACCCCGCGGGACGCUGGUCCAACCCAGCUUGGACGCGCUCAACAUCCUCAUGCUUGUCGCACCCGAGAGGCUCCCAGCGUUUCCAACAGCGUGGGCGACCGCGCUGCCAGCCCUCAGCGACAUGCUGCACGUCGACGCUUGGGGCUGUCCCACCGCCGACGCGACCGAGUACACCCUCGAUUUCCACGGCAUGGUUGACGCCAAUUGGAUCCCCCAAGACGACUAUGAUCUCGCCUGCAGCUACCACGUCAUAUGCCACGGGCUUGAGAAGGCAAACUGGACGUUUUUCCCAUUGACACGCUCGACGAAGCGCUGUCAGUUCUUACGCCACAUUGUCGACGCGCGUCCGACGCGCCUGAAGUGGAUGUGCCCGAUCGCGCUCUUGUGCAUGAUGCCGCAGCAUCACUGCACUAUUCUGCGGACGACCGCAAGCGUCUAA